AUGGCGCCCACGUCGCAAGAGGAUAUCGAUUGGUUCAAGUCCACCUUCCGUCCUAUUCCGAAGCCUCAGCUCCCUGAUGAUAGCGUCGAAUACUCUCUAUACUACACUCCUUCCGACCCCGCCCCCGCCACCGUUGAUGAGGCCGCGGAAACGCGAUCGCGAUUAGUCGAGGUACAACGAUCUGCAGCAGAAUUGACAAGGGAGCUUUUGAAGGAUUAUAUUUGGCAGCGCGAUGGAUUUUGCUUGGGGAUUACCAAGCAGGACGGCAUCACCUCACUAAACGGGCGUACAAAUUACGGAGACUCGAUCGAAGAUGAAUGGGUCAUCGUUUACUUGUUGCGCGAAUUAACAAAGAAGCAUAAGAGCAUAUGGGCUCAAGUUGUCGACAGCGACGGUCAAUUUCUUUUGGUCGAAGCCGCUGGCGUACUCCCUGCUUGGCUUGAGCCAGAAAUAGCAGACAACAGGGUAUGGAUCAACCAAGGAGAACUUGUCAUAAUUCAACCAAAGAACCCGUCGAAGAAGAAAGUGGCAGAGAAGAUCUCGCUUCCAGAGUCAAGGCGAGUUAUCGUGGAAGAACCCCAACGACUCAUGCGCUCUGCUGUGAUCCAGAAUGAAGCAUUUUAUCGACUACGAAACUAUCCCAAACAAAUCAGCGAGAACCUCCACUCAGCGUUGGUGACAAUCCCCCGUAAAGUCGCAUUUCUCUUGCAUCAGAAACCAGCCUAUAUUUCAGCGGCUGUCGAGGCCUUUUACCUACGUGAUCCGAUUGCGCUGCGACCUCUACGAGCUAAGGAUACCAGCGAUCUACUUUUUAAGCCAGAAGAUUUUGUUACGGUUAGCGUCCGGUUCACGAGAGUUGGCUAUGCACAACUCAGGAGUCAAGACUUUCCAGCGCCAAAGGCUUGGUUGGGGACGUUGCCUUUAAAAGAUGACCUCAAGACCUACGAUCGUGCAGAGCUAGGGAUGAAGCUUUCUUGUGGAUUUGAAAUGUUACUCUCAGACCCCCAGAGCCAAGACAAACCAGCUGUUAGGGAGAUCAAGCUUUUGCUGGAGGAUCUGGAUUCUGGCGAUGAGAGCCUUCCUACAGACGGGGAAAUGGGAAAAUGGGAAAAACGAGAGGAUGACGAAAAAUGGCUGGAUAUCAGUUUUGAAGAUCUCGACAGGGAAUUGAAGGGCAAGAAUAAGGGCCAAGGAAACGAGAGCAAGGAAGAAGGUGCAUUUGGAGAUGCCAAUGCUCAAGAGAAUCUUCAGCGCAUUGUUGCUCGUUUCGAAGAAUUCUUGGGUGAUAACUCAGCCGGCUUUGAUGGUGCUGAUUUCAUUGAUGACUUUGGUUCUGACUCUGAUAUCGCAGACGAUGAUGAUGAAAUAAGCAGUGAUGAAGACAAAGAAGCCCCCAUGGACGAAGAAAAGCUUUCCCAGAUGAUGAAAGAAAUGAUGGGCAGAUCUUCGAUGCCCGGUCUCCAGGGCGGGCGAUCCUCCAGCAAGAGGGUGGAAGAACUGGAUAGUGACUCGGAAGAGGAUGAUACGGAUGCUAUCCAGAAACUCUCCAGGCAAAUGGAAGCCGAACUAAAGGGUACAGGUGUACUCGAUUUGAAUCGUCCUUCUCAGAAGGCUGCCGGAAAGAAAGCCGUUGAAGAGGGCAAUAAGCAGGAAAACGAGCAAGGUGUUAAUGAGGAUGAGGAUCCCAACAUCAAUCUCGCCAAAAACAUAUUGGAAAGUCUUGAAGGCCAGGGGGGAGCUGCAGGUCCUGCAGGGAACAUGCUCUCUAUGUUGAACCUUCCUAUACCGAAAGGCGAUCGCCAUGAAUGA